CGUCACUGCAGGGCGGGAUCUGCGCACAGGUGAGCGGUGCACAGGUGUGAGUGAGGAAACGCGCGCCGUGCUCGGGCUCAGCUUGCGGGAUGGCGCACAGCUGCGUGGGGAACUGCGGGCCCAUCUUCGCCCUCGCGCUCCUCUUCGACGCAGCGGGUCUGAUUGUUCUGCUGGUAGGGAUUUUCGGGAACCUGAACGUGAACGGACGCUUCUACGGGGAUUUCCUCAUCUUCACGGGCUCAAUCACCAUCUUCCUCAGCUUGAUGUGGUGGAUUCUGUGGUACACCGGUAACGUGCGCCUGUACGCGCCCCGCACGCCCUCCCUGGACCUCAGCCUCGCGCAGUGGGCCACCAAGCUGUCGGAGAAGUUCUCCAAAGGCGGCGUGAACCCCGAGGAGAAGAAGAAGAAGAGCGUGGCGAACGGCGCGGUGACGCGCGGCGGACUGUCGGGUCUCGACAACAAAGCUUAUGAUGGAGAAAGCGACGCGACCGCGGAGCCGGGACACGGGACCGUGGAGCUGGGAGACCUAAUGACCUCUGAUGUGGUUCUGCAGACCUGCUCCAGCCGAGUGGAGCGGCUCCUCUGACGGCACGCUUCCUCCAUUGAAGGAUGAACUUCCUCGAGAGAGAGAAAACGAGAACCGGGGAAAAGUCCUUCAUCCAGUCGGACUGUCAACAGAAAAAGAAGAAAAGUUCUUAUCAUGUACAUAGCAGAUUUCUAUUUUUUAAGAUUUUAAUUGUAAAUUAUGUCUCUUGAAUAAAGCUUUCAAAGAAAA